AUGGAGCCAUGGUCUGAUGUGAAUGUAGAGUGGAAUGAUGUACCUGCUUUCGAUCCGGGGACACCUGAUUCUCCUGAUAUUGACUCUGAUGGUGAAGAUAGAAGAGAGCGCAACGACUACAACAUUGAGAAGGAUGCCAUGAACUUUGUUGAUGAGCCUCCAGUGAAGCAUAACCUGUAUCCAGAGACAGAAUCAGAUGAAGAGGCAGACGUGGAAGAGAAUCAGAGAAAAGAGGUUCAGAGAACUAUCUACAGGCGCGAUCAGUUUAGAAGAGGCAGUGGGGAGUUGUUUGUUGGGCAGGUGUUCAUCAAUGGAAUUGCGUUUAAGGAAGCAGUGCUCGAUUAUGCUCUGAAAACGGGAAGGAACAUCAAGCAGAAUCGAUAUGACAGCACAAAGAUCGGAUUUGUAUGUGAAGGCAAAGGUUGCUCGUGGCGCGUCUACGCCUCAGUUGCAGCAAAGUAUCCCAACAAAUGGCAGGUGAAAAUCAUGAAGAAGGAUCAUACUUGUGUUCCUACAGGUACUUGUGAGAUGCUUAAAGUUCCACAAAUAGCUCGCUUGUUUGUUGACAAGAUCAGAGAAGAACCAGAAUAUUUCAUGCCCAUGAAGAUGGAGGAGCUUGUUAUGGAGAAAUGGAAGAUCAAUGUUAGUAGGCCGCAAUGCCAACAUGCUAGGAACAAGGCGGUCAGAUGGAUUGCAAGAGAGUAUGAUGAGCAGUUUGGGCGGUUGAGGGAUUACUGCGCUGAGAUAAGAAGCUCGAAUCAAAAUUCUUCUGUGGAGCUUGACUGUGUGAAGAAUGAUGCUGGCAUUGACGUUUUCAACAGAUUUUAUGUUUGUUUUGAUGCUCUGAGAAGAAGCUGGAAAGAAACAUGCAGGCCACUAAUUGGAGUAGAUGGAUGUUUCUUGAAGUCUAGGAUGAAAGGGCAGCUGCUAGUGGCUUUGGGUCGCGAUGCCGAUAACUCUAUUUACCCUAUCGCAUGGGCUGUGGUAGGAGUAGAGAAUACAGACAACUGGUUGUGGUUUGUGAAAAAGAUCAAGGUUGAUCUAGGACUAGAAGAAGGAGAUGGUUAUGUUAUGGUUUCAGAUCGUCAGAAGGGAUUGAUUGCUGCUGUGAAGAGAGCACUGCCGGGAAUUGAGCAUAGGAUGUGUGUUAGACACAUCUAUGGUAACUUGAAGAAGAACCAUGGAAAGAAACCAGAUAUGAAGCUAAAGCUUUGGAACCUUGCUUGGAGCUACAAUGAGGCUGAUUACAGAGCAAACCUCUUAGACAUUCAGAUGUACGAUGCAGCUGUUUAUGACGACGUGAUGAAGGCAAAGCCAGAGAAGUGGUGCAGGGCGUUUCACAAGCUUGGACCUUAUUGUGAAGACGUGGAGAACAAUUCAACCGAGUCAUUCAACAACUCCAUAGGUAAAGCCCGAGACAAACCCUUUGUACCUAUGUUGGAGACAAUAGCUCGCUUGGCAAUGGUUCGUAUAGCGAAAAGGGAUGUCAUCUGCAGCAGUUACGAAGGGAUUUGCACACCGUAUGUCGUUGAGAUGCUCGAGAAGUUGCACCAGAAAGCUUCAGAAUCGACGAUUAGACCUUCCACCAACCAGACAUAUGAAUGUACUACUAGCUAUGGCUGUGCACAUAGGGUUAACUUGGAGAGUAGAACUUGUAGUUGCAGGAGAUGGGAGAUUACAGGGAUCCCUUGUGAGCACGCCUAUGGAGUUAUGUUGAAGAAAGGUCUAGAGGCUCAAGACUAUGUGGUUCACUGGUUUAAGACACCUACGUGGAGGCGUACGUAUGCUGAAGGGAUUGUACCAUUGCGUGGAGCAAAGUUCUGGCCCGUAGGAGAAGAACCAUCUAUAAUUGAACCUGUGAUCCCAGAUCAACCAGGCCGUAAGAAGGUGACUAAAGCAGAUAAAAAGAGGAAGAGAGGAGUCAAUGAAUCACCAUCGAAGAAAAAAGACAAGACCUUGAAGCGGAUCAUGCACUGUGGGCAAUGUGGUGCUGCUAAUCAUAACAUCAGGUUCCAUAAGAACAAGACUUUUGUGAGUGGUGAAUCUUCUCAGCCUGAAGCCUCCCAAGGUGUCUGCACUCAAGGCUCUCAGUCUAGGAAGUGA